AUGUCGAUUUGGAUUUGCUUCUCGGUAUUUCUUCUCGCAAGUACAAUAUUUACUUAUGUUAAUUCACAGAAUGCGAUACGGAAAUAUGUUAUCCGUAAAGAUUGGUUUAAUCUGUUUAAAGCAGGUGAAUUUUCAAUAUAUGAUACAAGUCAAAAAGGUCUCAUUUAUCGUAUUGAAUCCAAUGUUGGCAUAUUUCUGGAUAGUAAACUCAUUGCUUAUCCAUCAAAAAAAGAAGUCGGUCGAUUGCAAGUUAAACGAAAUCUAAAACCGUACAGCAGAGUAUUAUCAAUUUUGGAUCCUCAAACAAAUCAAUGGAUUGUUGGAUACAUGCAACGAAAUACUCAAGCAAUUGAAUUUCAUGGUACUUCAUUCAAUAUUGACUGGAAUGGUCAUUAUAUAACAAUGAAAAAAGAAACAACCUCACUGACAUCGAAAUUUCAUGAUACAAAUGGACAAUUAUUAGCAGAGUUUAAAAUACGACUUACGUCUCUUUUGUUUGGGAGAAAGAAAUAUGAUAUGGAAAUAUUUUCGGACAAGUAUCCUGAACAAAUCUAUUUGUUGGCAUUGAUUGCUAGUGAUAAUGUUGUUUCAACGGAAGGAUAA